AUGUUGCUGAAGUUUGGGACAUUCAUUGUAUUCCAAGGGGCAGAUGGACCUGACCAGUCAAUCUAUGAGGCAAUCGCCGUCAAUGGAGGAGCGCUGAAAGAUUUGUAUGGAGACGCCGAGGAAGAGGAAAAGCCCAAGUUGUACACCCAAGUUGUACAAAGAACUAGCCCGUUACGUUCUGGCUCAUGCGAAGAAGGGUAUGGACGAUUUGAUCAGUGCCGUGCAAUGAAUUUUACAUAG